UUCUCCACGGCCUCGCUCAUGCCGGGCGUGAGUGCGGUGAAGCACGAUGUGCGGGCAGUGGUGGUGUCGCGGUUCGCGGGCCUGCUGGCCGGGGCGUGCAGCAUGGCCAUCGGGGAGUACGUCUCCGUCUGCUCCCAGCGGGAUGUCGAGCUCGCGCAACUGAACCGCGACGGCAAGCGCAUAUGCGAGGAGGAGAGGGCGCUUCCUAGCCCCAUACAGGCUGACGUGGCGUCCGCGCUCGCGUUCUCAGUCGGCGUUUGGGUACGUGGCCGGGUUCAUCGUCGGGUACAUCGCGUCGUGGCCGGUUUCAUCGUCGGGUACAGACUGUGGGUGGCCGUCGUGGUCGCCGUGGCGACCAUGGCUCUGGCGACAAUUGGGUACUUCGGGGCCGUGCUCGGGGCCGUGGCGGCAUUUCAUCGAACCACCCUAAGGGUGGUGUCGACGAAGCCGCGGUCGGCGAGGGCGUGGCCAGGGAGCGGGCGUCGACGAGGGCGUGGCGACGGUGUCUGCGGCGUCGGCCGGACACUGCCGGCGCGCGAGCGGGGGAGGGAAAGAAGGGGAGAACCUACCUGCGGCGCCGGGGAGCGGGCGGCGGCCGACGGCAAGGCUACGGACGGCGGCAGACAGCAUUGCUGCGACGGCGGCACGGCGUGGCUGCAUCGGCGCGGGCGUGUCUGCGGAGGCGCGGGCGAGGGACUUGGCAAUUUUGCCGCGCGGUAG